AUGGAGGUAGAAAAGGCAAGAGUGCUGAUUGUGGGCGCUGGUGGAGUCGGGAUCAUGGCGGCGUACGCCCUUGAGGUCGGCGGCAAGGCGGCGGUCACACUUGUGAUGCGGUCCAACUAUAGGCGAGCCCAGGACGCAGGAAUCUCAAUAGACUCAGUCGACCAUGGCAAGGGCAUUAGAGAGUGGCGACCAACCGAGAUCCGCAACACCAUCCCGGAUGUUUCUCAGGAGGGCAUCCCUCCCUUUGACUUUAUUCUUGUGACCACCAAGAAUAUCCCCGAUGUCCCUCCCACAGUGGCGGACCUCGUCGCGCCGGCGGUGUCCCCCGGCCACACGGCCAUCGUGCUCUCGCAGAACGGGCUCAACAUCGAGAGGCCGCUCCUCGCGCGCUUUCCGCAGAACCCCAUCCUGAGCAGCGUCUCCAUGAUCAGCACGACCGAGACCUCGCCGGCCGUCGUCGUGCACGACUUCGCGGACACGCAGAAGAUCGGCCCGUUCGUGCCGCAGCCUGCGGCCGAGGCCGCCGCCCGCCGCUACGUCGCCGUCUACAACGGCAGCGGGCGGCUCGCCGACGUGGUCUACGACGCCGACGUGCCGCGCGCCCGCUGGCACAAGCUCGUCUACAACGCCAGCUUCAACCCCGUGGCCGCGGCGCUGCGCAUGGACACCACGCGCAUGCGCAUGAGCCGCCACGUCAUCGACGACCUGGUGCGCCCCAUCAUGCUCGAGGUCGUGGCAGCCGCCCGCGCCGCCGGCCACGUGCUGCCCCCGGACCUGCCCGACGCCCUCAUCCGCGUCGACCCCGUCGAGGCUGCGUUCCGCCCCAGCAUGUGCCAGGACGCCGACAAGGGCAACCUGAUGGAGGUCGAGACCAUCGUCGGCGAGCCGCUGCGCGAGGGCGAGGCGCGCGGCGUGCCCAUGCCGACGCUCCGGACUGUGUAUGGCAUACUGAAGGGCCUGCAGCUGCAGACCAAGGUUGCCAAGGGGCUGUGGGAGCCGGCGUUCGAUGACGACAAUCCGUAUCGGUAG